UGCCAAGUGAAAUGAUUUUCCUGGGUGGGGUCACCAGCCUUGGGUCAACACAACCUUUCUGUUUUCCAGACAUGAAGGCCCAAUAAUCUUUGGGAUGUUGCUGAAAGUGUCAAAAUCUCUUGACUCUUGACAAGGUGUGUGUAAAAUCGAUCUGCUGUCUGAAAGGCGCGUUGUCCUUGGACAAAGGAUUUGUUUGGAUUUAUCACUACCAAUCCAUAGGGUAUACUGAGUGUUUGACCUCACGCUACAUUUGAAUUGUUUUCUGAUGUGGUCUUAGGAAUUGAUGAUAGAUUUUGUUAUAAGGAGUCGCAUUAUUUUUAUGAUGUCAUCUGAUAUUAGUGACUUUACGUAUGACAAACUAUUGUCGCUUGCCUCACGGUAUAACAGACGUCUUCAACAAGAUAAAAUGAGUCGCUUGCCGUUUUUGGACGGUGCCACAGGUAUAGCUCAAAGACCAUGUUUGCUGUAUCGGAACCAGAGUGAAAGAGAAGGAGGCUAUUUAACUCAAAUAUAUCGUUAUCGUCCACACAGAUGGAAGAAAAGCAGACGAACUGGUCAACUCCCAUCUUUUCUGUAUCAUGGCGAUUUUUUAAAUGGAAAUACCAGAAUCGAUCGUUUCAACCAUGUGCCAGGAAAUGAUCUGAACUCCAGAGAAGCGGACGAUGAUGACAGCCGAGGUGCAUGGGCUGCUUGUCCAGAAUAUGAUGUGGACUCAGACACUAGUGAUAUUGCAGAUGAGAAUUUCAGCGUGCGCAGGCGUCGAAGAAAGGGAAGGACCCCGCGCAUCAGCCGAUCAGCUCACUCGGGACCAGGUCGACGCCGAUCUGCAUAUUCUGGAUUUGAUGAUGAUUCAAACGACCGUCAAACUUCUUUACCAGUAUUUCUAUGCGAAUUUUGUGGUGUUCGAUAUAGAUCACGGGCUGGAUUGAACUAUCAUAUAAAUUCACAGCAUUCUGAGACUCCACGAAUGAGUUGUGCACGUCCAGCCUUUAUGUCACCUUAUCGAGGUGACCAUCAUCAGUCUCACCAUCAUCAACAGCAACAACAACAACAGCAAUCCCACCAACCUCAGACUAAUCAUUUGCUCAAUGGAUCGUUAAAUAAUUCAGGAAUUACUAGCAGUUAUUCAUCUAGUUCGCAUUCCAAUCAUGUAACUAACAAGAAUAGUGAAAAUAUUAAUCCACUUCCUUCAAAUGGUCCGGUUGCCUCUUCAAGAAUUCGCCCUUCAGUUAUUGAACAAGGUGGUAGUUUAAUUAUUGAAGCACGUAGUUGGAAAGAUAUGAAUGCUACAGACUCAACAGAAUAUACUUGUGACUUCUGUCUUGGCAAUGAAAGAUUGAAUAAGAAGACUGGCCAGUCAGAAGAUAUGUUAAGAUGUUCAGAUUGUGGACGAUUUGCUCACUUCUCGUGCCUACAAUUUACACCGAAUAUGAUUACUUCUGUACAUACUUAUCGUUGGCAGUGCAUAGAAUGCAAGACGUGUUGGCUUUGUGGGACUUCAGAAAAUGAUGAACAAAUGCUCUUCUGUGACGAUUGUGAUCGAGGCUAUCAUAUGUACUGUUUAAGUCCACCAUUAUCUGAACCACCUGAGGGCAGUUGGAGUUGUAAACUAUGCGUUGAACGUUUCCAGUCAACUGCUGCUUCAUUUUCUUCUACCUCUUUACUUGAAGUUAAUACAAUAAAAAAGUCGGAUGCUUGUAACAAUUCAAUAAAUCAUAGUAAUAAUAAUAAUAAUGAUAGCAGAAGUAUUUAUGGAACGAAUUUGAAUGUGCCUUGUCCUUCAACAUCAAUAACAACAACAACAACAACGCCAGUAUCGUCGUUAUCGUCUGUUGGUAACACUCUUACUGUCGGCGGUGGUGUUGGUGGUGUUUUCCAACCUUCCUUUAACGUUGCCUCCUCCUCGUCUUCUUCUUCCUCUUCGACAUCAUCAGCCACCUCCUCCUCGGUGUCAUUGUCAUCGUCCUCAUCCUCCGCUGCACUUUUCCAACCGUCAACACAUCUUCAACAAAUCCUGAUCAAUCAUAUAGAUCCAUCAGUUUCUUAGCGUGUUUAUUGUCUUCUAUAUAAUGUAUGUUUAUGGUCUUUGAGCAUGUACAUUCUUCUUGCUCUUGUUUUUUUUAUUAACUAGGAAAACUCUAUUCUCUAUAAUUGUGUUUUUAUAAUGAACAAAUAAUUUUAAUGUAUGCAUGUAUGUGUAGGAUUUUCAAAUUUUGUAUUCUUUCUUUAUUCAUUUAUUAUCAUCAUCUCAACAGUUAAUUUCUACUUCCUUAUAUAUACAUCGUAGAUACGAACUACUUUUCUGGUUAUCUGUCUAUAAGAUGAUGAAGCUGAUUUAAUGAAAAACGGUUCGAACUCCGUCUCUCUUCCUCUGCUUACUUGAUCGUUAUUAUUACUUGUAUUGUUUUUAUUUAUUUACUUAUUUAUUAUUGAUAUGUUGCUCUAAUUUGACUGAGAAAUGGAUCAUUUUUGCGUUUCACGCAUUAUUAUUAUUAUUAUGUCUUUUCACAUAUUUUGACUUUUAGCACACAUAUAUACUCUGUCAGUGUCUGUCUCUCCUAUCUCUAAGGUUGUCAGAACCACAGUCAACCGCAAUGAUCUUCCCCUACCCUCACCCCCCGCCGCACCCCAAAAAAACACCACAUAAACAUUUCUAUGCAUAAAUCGAAGCCAAUUGCUUUUUUCUUUUAACGAUUGUUUAUUACUACUACUAUUAUCACAUGGUGUGAAACAACUUUUGAUAGUUGUCGGACUAUACGGAUUAUACGAUUCUCCCUACUUCUUCUGUUUUCGACCUCCGCACUUCCCCCUCACCUCACCCCACCCCGCCCAAACCCUUUUUUGUGUUUUUUUUUAAAUUUUCUUUUACAUUUUGACGAUGCAAUGCAGAAAAAGGCUUUAAUGAUCUCGGGUGUAUGUAUGUUUGCGUGGUGUGGUUGCGUGCGUGACAUAUAUGCAUGUGUAUGUAUGUAUUUGCUUUAUUAUUUACUUGAUUGUGCUUCGUUGUAUGUAUAUUUACUACCACUUCAUAUGUGAUACACCUUUUCCUUCAGGUGUGUUUCUCUCUGUGUGUGUAUGUGUGUGCUGUGCAGUUGUUAUGCGAUUUUGACAAACUGACGGACUUUGAUUUUGACUUGAUUUAUUUCCUCCAUUUAUUCGUUAGUUUUGUAUGCCUACGUGCGUGUGUGUGUGUGUGUGCGGUUGUAUGAAAUGUGAUUUCUGCUUCUUUGACCUCUAUUGCUCUGAGUAUUUUGAGUUCAGUAUUUUAUAUAAGCACACUUUUAAUGAUUACGGUAGUUUUUUUUCUUUUCUUUUUUACAUUUCUACCUUUGUGCAAGCACAUUCGCAUGCAUAUGUAUAAUUGUUCAUAUUAUUAUUAUUGCUGAAAUUUCCGAGUAGCAAGCAGUUGACUUCAUUGCUACCGAGGCCAACAGUUGUUUUGUUUUUUGUUUUUUUUUCUCAAGCAUUUUUCUUUAUUGACAAGUGUUUUGUGGUGCGAUACACACUUAUUCACAUAAUUAUUGUUUUUAUCAAGUUAUUGCAUUAUUACUCUUAUUUUCACUUCCACUCUUAUUAUUACUAUUAUUAUUGUUAUUAUUACUACUCUGUUUAUUACCAAUAUUAUGACGACUAUAUAACCUGUUUUUAUGGUGAACACUAAUUAUUAUGAUUAUUGUCAAUAUUAUGUGUAUUUAAUGUAUAUCUAUCUGUGUAAAUGUCUCUGUUAUUCCAUUCAUCAAACAAUGAAUGGUGUUCAGACUGUUCUCCUUUUUUUCUACUACGACACAAUAGUAGUAUAUUUUGUACAAUUAUUACUAUUAUUAUUAAUUAUUAUUUCUUAACUUGUCCGUCUCACAUACAUAUAUGACUUGUGUACAUUCGUGUCAAGGGUAUUUUAACAUCGUCUAUUUCUUGUGAAAUCAGUUGAAUAAUGAAUUAAUUAAUGAGUCGAAUUGCUUUUUAGAUUUGUAAAAACACAAUGUUGAGUUCAGUUACUGAAAAAUUAUCUUUUAUGUGAAUUUAUUUAGUUGUAGAAGUAAUACACAUAUUAUUAUAAAUUAUGCGGUAUCAAGGUGUAACAAUUGUGAUAGCUGACGAUAUAGUCCUUCUAGGCGAGGACGCUGAUAAAAUCCAGCAGAGUCUUCUGAACACCUUUAGCAGUGAGCAAUCUACUAAUGUUUGGAAUGCGAUUCACUCCUGCUGUCAAAUUUAAGAUGAUGCUACAGGACUGAACUGGACUACACUGACUCCUAGUUUAGAAAUAGGGGGUGAAGUGG